UUCAUAGGUAUAUUAACUUUUGAAAAGUGAAAAUUCCACUCGACCAUUAAAUAUUUGGAAGCGAUGAUUGAGCACAGUGGAAGUAAUUACCUUGCGGACAGACCAAUAUUUUCAGAAAAAACGUUUGCUACACAUCACCCUAAACUCUCCAGAAAUCACAAAACAUUUUUGGAUCACCUUAAGGAAUAUGUUAGAUGCUCCCCUGAAAAAGCCAAACAAAUCCUUUUUACUUUCUUUCCCAUUUUAUCAUGGCUACCAGCAUAUAACUUCAGACAAUGGCUUAUAAGUGACCUCAUUUCUGGUAUAAGUACUGGGACAGUGGCAGUUUUACAAGGAUUGGCAUUUGCUCUUCUGGUGAAUAUUUCGCCUUCAUAUGGACUUUUCUCUGCUUUUUUCCCAAUUCUAACUUACUUCAUAUUGGGAACUUCAAAGCAUAUAUCAGUUGGUCCCUUUCCUGUUCUGAGCCUCAUGGUAGGAACAGCUGUUAUGAGAAUAGUGCCCGAAGGUACAAAUGGCACUACACUCUUUUCUAAUAACAUGACAGUUGAAGAACAAAGAGUUUUUGUUGCUGGUUCAGUCACGGUACUUGCAGGUAUUUUUCAGUUGGCUCUAGGAUUGCUGAAAGUUGGCUUCAUUGUGAUAUAUUUAUCAGAUCCACUUAUAAGUGGCUUUACCACUGCUGCUGCUGUCCAAGUGGGUAUCUCUCAGAUCAAAUUCAUACUCGGACUUAAAAUCACUAAUUUCAGUGGUCCCCUGGCAAUGUUUUAUACUCUGGAAGACCUCUUUAAAAAAAUUACUUUGACAAACAUAUGUGAUUUGGUGACAUCAAUUAUUAUAAUGACCGUUGUUUUCGUUGUAAAAGAAAUAAAUGAUCGUUUCAAGGCCAAGAUACCAAUUCCAAUCCCAAUUGAACUUGUAAUGACAGUAAUAGCAACAGGGGUUUCAUAUGGCUGUGACUUCAGUGGAAGAUAUGGAAUACAGAUUAUUGGAGAAUUAAAGAAGGGGUAUGAACCUCCAAUAACACCAAGUAUCGAAGUAUUUCAAGAAUGUGUAGCUGAUGGGUUUGCAAUAGGAAUUGUAGCAUUUGCUGUAGGGUUUUCUGUGGCCAAAGUUUAUUCAAUCAAACAUGACUACCCCAUUAAUGGCAACCAGGAACUGGUAGCAUUUGGAAUUAGUAACAUAUUUUGUGGGGGUUUCCGAGGCUUUGCUGUUAGUACAUCCUUAUCACGCUCAGCUGUACAGGAGAGCACAGGUGGCAAAUCCCAGAUUGCUGGUGUUCUGUCAGCUCUGAUUGCUAUGAUUGUAACUUUAUUUAUUGGAUUUCUCUUGAGAACUUUACCAAAGUCUGUGCUUGGAGCUCUGGUGCUAAUUAAUUUGAAGGGAAUGCUGAUGCAGUUUUCCGAAAUUCCCAAUUUGUGGCGGAAGGAUAAGUAUGAUUGUUCAGUGUGGAUUUCGACCUUUAUAGCUGCAAUUCUUCUUGGGCUUGACUAUGGACUAGCAGCUGGAGUAGCAUAUGAGUUGUUAACUGUAGUAUUCCGCACACAAUUCCCAAAAUGCACAGUCAUCGCCAAUAUUGGAAAAAGCAACAUUUACAGAAACAGAAAGGACUAUGUAGAUAUCUGUGAACCAGAGGGCAUAGUAAUCUUCAGAUGUCCUUCUCCAAUCUUUUUUGCUAAUGCUGGGUUCUUUAAAGAGAAGGUCUCUGCUGCUGUUGGAUUUAAUCCACUGAGAAUUUUACGCAAGAGAAAUAAGGCCCUGCGAAAAAUCACUGCAUUACUAAAACAAGGAGUUCUGCAUGUCACACCGAAAGGUUUAAUCUGUACCUCAUAUGAAUACAUUGCCUCCGAUGAGGAAUUCGAUAACAACAGAGUUGAAGAGCUAUACAAUCCUAUUCAUCCUAAUGACCUUCCCUUUCACAUAGACUGGAAUGCUGAUCUCCCAAAUGAUAUUGUGGUCCCAAAGGUUGACAUUCACAGUUUAAUUCUUGACUUUGGAGCAGUGUCAUUUAUUGAUGUGUCUGGGAUGAAAAGCUUGAAAUCAACAUUGAAAGAAUAUAUCAGGAUUGAUGUUGAUGUGUACAUAGCCAAUAUAGACAGUGACCUCCUGGAUAAACUAGAAAACUGUGGAUUUCUUGGUGAUGAAAUUCAGAAAUCGAUGUUCUUUCUCACUGUCCAUGAUGCUAUGUUACACAGUGUAGCAAAAAAAGGCAUGAAAUAUCCUUAUAGUGUACAGUCUGCCAAGGAGGCAGAAUAUUACACAUGCAUAAAGGGAUAUACAGAUGAGACUCUGCGCAACCGAGCAAUCACUAUGCCAAGUGAAACCAAGUUUUAGCUUACAAAUGGAAUAAUACAGCCUGUUCUCAUUGGCAGACUGGAUUAAAACCAAAUUAUUGGAACAAAAGAUUACUAAAUACUAGCAAAUACUAGGGCUCAAGAAGUAAGCUUAAAAAUAGGACUUCCUGUAAAGAUUACUACACACUUAAUUUUAUGACACUCUGUAUAUUGUAGCUACACUGGAAUAUUAAUUUUAAAAAGUUAUUUGAACACAAACAAAUUCUAGAUAAAUGUAAGCAAAAUGUUAGUGGUUUUUUUUUGUAUUGCUGCUACCUUAAGAGCAUCACAGGAAAGGAUACAGCCCAAAGAUGUCCAACUUGCAAGGUUUCGCUGCAGUCCAACUUACAAAAGUGCACCAGUCUUUAGCAGAUAAUAUAAAGGACAAGUAAUAAUGUAAUGUUAUAUUAGAAAAAUACCCUGAAUCUGUUUUUUCCUGCCAAUAUUUCUUCAGAUCACUUGUAAAUGAUAUGGCUCCACUCCACUGUUAUAUAUGUAUAUAUAUUUGCUGUUACUGAUUAUUUCUACCAUAAUUAUGUACCUGUAUUUUCUAUACUAUAUGCUUGUAUGACAGUUAUUACAUUCUUUAUUGUGCUUUUUCGAGGGGUAAAUUAAAUGAUUGCGCUCUAUAAUGUUAACAGUGACGGGACACAUUUUAUUAAAUUAUAUUAGGUGUACAUAUAUUAUUUAAGUAAAAUUAUAGUAUUUUCUUCUAAAUUGUUAUUUCCUAUUAUUUCUAUUAAAAUUCUUUUUUUGAAGUAUUAAUAGUAUAAACAGUACUGUCUCCCUGCUUAAAUCAGUCAACUGGCUCCAUGGCAACAAGUGUCAAUGCUCACCCUUUCUGCUUGCCUCACAUACUAAUACUUACCUCUGUACCACAAUUGCGUAAUAAAAGACA